GGAUAAAGUUUCCCAAAAAAUUGAACCAAAAACUUCCUGCCAGAGGAGAAGCGUUGCCAGCUUCCACCGUGAGUCCAGCGUUUUCCAAAAAAAAAAAAAGCGCAAGACCACUUCAGAAUUAUUUUUUUUUUCUGUCUUUGAGGGAAUUCUAUUCAUUGUUGUAACCACGGCUUCAAAGGUGGACAACGUUUUUUCCUCUCUAUCCCUGCAUUUCUUCAAGAAAGAAAUGGAAGAGGGCUCCAGUUGUCCGGCGUCCCCUGUGGAUAGUGUGGUGAGCAGCGAGGAGGAGCUGGACCGGCAGCAGAAGCGCUUCCCGAGGAAGAGGAGGCUCAGUAAGAAGUGCAGCGAGGACAGCAGCGGCAGCAGCCCGGGCCCGCUCAAGCGGGGGAAGAAGCCCAGCCCGAGCAGCACGCAGUCCUACGAGGAGCUGCAGAACCAGCGCGUCCUGGCCAACGUCCGGGAGAGACAGAGGACGCAGUCUCUCAACGAGGCCUUUGCGUCUUUGCGCAAAAUCAUCCCCACGCUGCCGUCGGACAAACUCAGCAAGAUCCAGACGCUGAAGCUGGCUUCCAGAUACAUAGACUUCCUCUGUCAGGUGCUGCAGAGCGACGAGAUGGACAGCAAGAUGUCCAGCUGCAGCUACGUAGCGCACGAGAGACUGAGUUACGCGUUCUCCGUGUGGAGGAUGGAGGGCGCCUGGUCCAUGUCAGCAUCUCACUAGCGGCGCAGACCUGCACUAAUGCCAAAGCGACUGUUUACUUCUGCAAAGUCUGAAGACCAAAAGGGAUUAUUGAAGAACGCAUGGACCUCAAAAACGUGGCCGAGAGACGUAAUGUGAUCCACGGCUACAGAAUCUCGUGGAGUGCAUGUGUGGAUCCAUUGGGCCUGUGUGAGCUGCUCGUGCAGAGACAGGAGAGAGGAGGCUGCAGACUGGACCCGGAGAUGGUGCUGCGCGCUGUUUUUUACCAAAGCCAUCCUUCAGUCGUUUGUAAAAGGAGAUAUAUUUUCUUUUUUCAUAGACUUUAAACCAAAGUAUGAAUAUAAAUAUAUAUAUAUAUAAAUAUAUAUAAAUAAAUAAAUGAACCCAUAUUGUACAUACUUGUGUAACUUUAUCCUGUAAAAGGAACCAAUGCAAUUUAGAGUCUUUUGUUGCAUGGAUUUAUUUCACUGACUAUCUUUAGCAAGUCUACAUCCAAACUCCGUCCAAUUUACGUUGUUGUUUUGCUUAUUUAUUAAAACAGGUAUUUUUUGAACGAAAAAAUGCUUCAACUUUUUAUUUCCACGUCAAGGUAAAACAUUCAGCACCACUACACACA